UUUGGCAAUGCCAAAAUUUGCAAGCUUAAUUGAAAAUAAAAUCCUAGAAUAAUGCCAACUUGUCUUAAUUCUAAAAGAUGAUUAAUCCAAUAGUGUAUAUCAUUUUCUACUGGUAAAAAAUGUUACUUUACCCUCUGCUCUCCCUAGCUAAAUAGAUGCGACCAAAGUUUCUUCUCUCAAGCGGCCUUCUAAUGUCAAAAUAACUGAGAGCCCAUCUCCUUUUCUCAUCACUCGCGCCUUCAUGUAGAACCUGGGAAAUCGUUUGGGUUGCACUCUAUGGGGAGAAUACGUAGACCGAUUCAUGGAUUGUUUGACCCAAAACAACCAAGAACCAGUUAUCAUGGUUUUGAGCUUUUGCCGCCCGAGGCGCUAUAUGGGGACAGUUACUGUCUCUACUGCAUUUCACGUUACCAAGAUGANAAUUCUCCCGAGGUUGAAGAUUUUAGGGCAAGGUUGCCUCCACAAGUGGAUGACGGAAUGGGAAGCAUUGUUUUGAGCAGUGGAGAUUCUGGGGACCAAGGUGUCAUCAAAACAACCACUAUCAAAGAUCUUUUGGAAAACAUGAAGAAGGACAUGGACCCAAACUUCCUACCGCUAGAACUUAAUGGCUUCAUUGGUCGUAAAGGUUUAUUCCAUAUUUUGUUGAAGAACGAUGUUGGGAGUCCAAGUUGGACUGGACCAAGAACUUUCGCGGUGAGAUCUUUGGUUACCGACCCAAAGAUCUUGAGCAAGUAUGAACAUUUGGUUGUGAUUGAAGAUGAAGAAGCAGACAAAGAAAGCGAAGGUCUAUGGGCAUCUCUUGAGGAUUUGAGUCAGAAAGUGCAUGAAGUGAUUGGUUCCAAUAAUCCAAGCUCUAGCCAAAGUGUCAACUCCAAGCAAAAAAGGAUUCCCGGUCUGGACGAGAAUGAAGCCGUGAAAAGGGAGCUGUUUGAUGAAAUCUCAACAAGUGCAAGCAAGAAAAUGAAGAAGGAAACUGCUAGAGACUGAAAUUCCGACUCAUUGGGGUUGAAAAUCAAUGUUUUUUGUUUCU